AUGCUGACAUUACCUUUGGAUCUUGUACUACACAUCGUUGAUGUGGGUGAUUUGAACAUAAAUGAUGUAUUCAAUCUUUACAAUGUCAACAAGUUGUUUAGGCAGAAGCUACUGCACCCAUAUUUUUGGAACGUGCUUUACAAGAGAGUGUUGGGAACGAUAUAUUCACAGUUGGACAUAGAAAAUGACCCCCAAGAUUAUUAUACCGCAUGUCGUACCAUUUACAAAUGCCACCUCGAAUUGGAGCACUCUAUGGAACAGCUUCAUGAACUGUGUUUUUCCUCGCAUCUUGAGAGUACCAGCGGGGGACCGCUGAUGAAUUUGCCUUGGACGAGCAAACAAUACAAACGAUACUGUUUGGAUACCAACUAUCUACCCACACUACUAAGAAUGCUGAAACUGGAAAACAUGGAUAUUCAAAUAAAAUCGAAAAAAGCUCAAGCACGUUUUGACUUUUUGAAGGCUUCAGUUUUGGAACAUUUGCUAUCAAACCAAAUGUACAAUAUUGGCCUAAAAAAUAUAAGGCGCAUUAAUUCUCAAGAGUUGUCACCAACAUCAGUUGAAAAUAUGCUAUUCAAUUUGAGCCUCCUUGAAAGCAAAAGCUAUCGCCAUUUUCACCACCGCAGGCGAUUUUUUAAAAAAAAGCUAAAGCUCCUCGACAAGUAUUUGAAAGCAUACGUUGUUCAAACAUACAGCACUUUGCACAAUGACGUUGCCAAGCGUCAGUUCUAUUUGCAGUACAUUAAUCAAGGCUUGCAUCUUUUAUUAACAAAAAUGGAGCCACGAGUUAGUCGAGAGAACUCCGCGAUAAUUGAAAACUUUGAUGUUUCAAAAUUAUACAGUGGUAAAUGUAAGGCUCAUCCCUAUCUUUUGUUUGCAGUUGCAACUAAAAUUGUAUACGAAGGAUGGACCCACUUUGGCCUCAAGGCGCCCAGCUCAGUUGAAUCUCCUAUUUGCACUCCAUGGUGCGUAAUUCACCAAGAUGUUUAUUUCGAUUAUGUUAACCUGAAAUUAACGAUUCACAAACACGAAUUUGGUUUACACGAUUCGCUCAAUACCCAUCAACUGAUGACAUACUUGUUCCAAUUAUUUGACCUUUUUCGCGAGGUUAACGGGUUGAAAACAACGGACUUUGCUAGUACCAUGUCCAUACGAGGUUUUGAAAAUUGCUGCACAGAUGUGAACUUCAUAACAAAAAUAAAAUUUCCACAUCAAAGUUGGAGUACUAAAUUCAAGUUUGACGAAUUUGUGGAACAUCUCAGAGAAGAAGAUGCACUACUCCAUGAAGUAGUUCUUGAGCACGCAAUUGGGGUUCCAAAUAUCAAAAACAAUGUCAACAACACGCUGCUGUAUUUACGAGGGCAUGUCAUAAGAAAGAGACAUAACAAAGCCGCAGUGAUGCUUAGUGCCGAUGAGCCGUUUUGCAAAGUUCUUACAGUAUCGGGAACAAUUGAAACCAUAAGAUCCGGCUUUGUUCGUAUGUGGCUGUUUGAAAGUAUACUGGAAGUUAAUGCAUUUAUUCACAUGGUAGGAUUGAAUUCAUUGUUCAGUGUCGGGUUUCGGUUUGUCGACAUAAAUUUAGACGAAGGGUAUAUAGUCUUUGGGUCAAACCUAAAUGAUACUGAUUUAUAG